AUGGGGGGCAAGAAACGAAAGCUGGCGCAUAAGCCACCGCCGAGUACGCAUCAGAAGAAACAUGUUCAACAUGGUAAAUCCGUCCAGAAGAUACCCGUCCCGCAGAAACCGGUCAAUGGCCCCGCCAAGAAGGGUAAAAGCAAACAGCAGCGCCCCGUUGAUGAUACGCCCACGAUACCCUUCGACCCUCACCACCGCAUACUCCUUAUCGGAGAGGGUGAUUUGAGUUUCGCGGCGUCUAUCAUUCAGCACCAUGGCUGCGCAAAUGUUACUGCGACUGUUCUGGAGAAGGACGCAGACGAAUUGCUGGCCAAGUAUCCCCACGUCGAAGACAACAUUGCUGUGAUUCGCGGUGAUGCUCCCAGGACGAAGAAGGUCGAGGGGGAUGACCAAGGAGUUUCUACCGAAGAAACAGAAGGUGGCGAAAGCAAGAAUGGCGGCCAGGACGAGAACGAGGACUCCAAUGGCGAAAGCGACAACAAUCAAGACGACUAUUACGACUCAGAUGAUCCAGACGCACCCAUCAGACCCAAGCGAAACCUCCCUCCCAACAACAAACUCCUCUACAACAUCGAUGCUACCAAGCUCCCCAACUCCAUCGCUCGCACAACCUUCGAUCGCAUAAUCUUCAACUUCCCCCAUGUCGGCGGCAAGUCCACAGACGUGAACCGCCAAGUUCGCCACAACCAAUCUCUCCUCGUCUCCUUCUUCGAGCGCGCCAUACCAGCCCUGGCCCCCGGCGCCGCCAUCGUCAUCACUCUCUUCGAGGGCGAGCCAUACACUCUCUGGAACGUGCGCGAUCUGGCCCGUCACGCUGGCCUACAGGUCGAGCGUAGCUUCCGCUUCCAGGCCCGUGGAUACCCUGGGUACAAGCACGCGCGAACGCUGGGUGUGGUGAGGAAUGCGAAGGGCGAGGUCAGCGAGAGUGGGUGGAAGGGUGAGGAGAGAGCGUCGAGGAGUUUCGUGUUCAAAAGGAAGGAGGAUAUUGCAUCCGUGGUAGGGAAGAAGAGACGAAAGGGUGACGAUUCGUCUGACGAUGAGGACUGA